CGUUUUUAGGCUGUCUGAGACAUUAAACAAGUAGGCUUUGUCUUGUAAGGGCACUUGUCUGAGGGCCAAAGUGUGUAGUGUGUCUACUUCAAAAAGCUAUUUUUUUGUCGAGGAGUUUUUGAGUGUAGAAGAAUCGUUAUUUGUUUAUUGGCAGUUAAUUAGUAGAUGAAACACGUGAGUAGAAAAAUUAAUGUCCGGGAUCAAAGAAAUAUGAAAAUAAUGGCAACAUAAGUCGGGUAGAAGGGCUAUGACCCCUUGCCUCCUGCAAAACACGCCCUACAAGGGCCUAUUUUUACUGAUUUUGAUUUUCGUUGCGCUGGAGUACAUCUUCAAUUCGUCGUCGGACAUUAGAGGAGCUAUUUUCAAUACAACCAAAUCCCGUAAUAACAAUUACGUGCCCCUAUGGAAAUCGCUAUGGUUUAAAGAAAACGGCACAAAUAUUUCAACAAAUCUACGCAACUACAAUUUGAAUUCUAGUAAUUCGCUGGACUACAUUGUUACCCCUUUCUAUGUAAUUGGAAACGCAACAUCUAUGUAUUCUGAAAACGAUAUUAUUUCAACAAAUAGGCCUUCGUGUCCUGAUAUAUCGCAGUAUUUAUAUGGUAAAGUCCACAUUAGCAAACACCCAGUGCCUUCUGUGCAAACGCUACAACACCGUUUUGCCUGGUUACGAGCCGGUGGCCAUUGGUCUCCAUUAAAUUGUACAGUAAAUAAAAAAGUAGCCAUCGUAAUUCCUUUUAGAUGUAGAGCUGAACAUUUGCUUUUAUUUCUACAACACAUGCAUCCUUUUUUGAAAAAACAGCAACUAGACUAUACAAUUUUUGUCCUAGAGCAAGACAACAAAGGUCCUUUUAAUAGAGCUAGUUUAAUGAACAUCGGUUAUAUUGAAGCCUUAAAACUACGUAAAUUUGAUUGUUUUAUAUUCCAUGACGUAGAUCUCUUACCAGAAGACGACAGAAACCUAUACACUUGCCCUGAGCAGCCAAGACACAUGAGUGUAGCAGUAGACAUGUUUAGCUACAAAUUGCCUUAUCCAGCCAUAUUUGGAGGAGUAUCCGCAAUAAGUACUGAACACUUCAAACUACUAAACGGCUUUUCAAAUUCGUUUUGGGGCUGGGGUGGCGAAGAUGACGACAUGUCAAAUCGAAUACGUCAUCACCACUUAUAUAUUUCCCGAUACCCCAUAGCUAUAGCCCGAUAUACAAUGUUGAGGCACAGAAAAGAUUCGCCGAAUCCGCACAGAUUUAACGUGCUCAAAAAAGGCCAAAAGUUGUUCGACAGAGACGGUUUGAAUAGUUUGACGUAUGAGGUUUUGAUGGAAAAAGAGACGUUGCUUUAUACGUGGAUUUUGGUCAAGUUGAAACCACCUCCGACGAGGUAGGAAUUCAUAUUGCAUUGCUGUGGUAUUUUGUUUAACGCUGCAUUUAUUUAUAUUUUUAUAUGUAUUUGUAAAACGACAUAUAGGUAGUGCGGAUAAGUAUUUCAAGCGGAAAAUCAAAUAUUGAGAAGCCAAACUUUACAAUUUUUUAGCUCUUAGCUAUCUACUCAAAAGCAUGUUCAUAUACUUUUUGUUUGAAAUCUGAAAGUUUUGUAGCUGUUUCAGUAAUGAUCAUAGGCAUAGGUAGAGUCCGCGUCAAGAGUAAAGAGUACGGUGACGUCAAAUACGCACAAACCCAAUUUUGAAACUAACCGAACUAUCGUAUUGUUCGGUGCUGCAAGCAUAUGGUUCAUUGUCGUACGGCCAGCAGGCAUAUUUAUUUAGUUUAUUUUCUAUCCAAGUUUUGUCCAAAAAGAUACCCCGCUGCUGGUUUCAGCUCACGGCAGACAGCGAGAGAUAGACGAGGGAUAGAGAUCCGACCCGCUUCGCGCAGCUUUCCGUGUCGUCACCGUACUCUUUACUGCUGACGUGGACUCUAUAGGUACUCUGAUAUACAAAUCUUUAACUCUUAUUGUACAAGGGCUUAUUUCGUUCAAAUUAUUUCUAUUUAUAUAGAAUUAGUUCUACAGGGUAAAGUAUAAUUUGCUCAAGCUUUCUAUUAAUUACCCAACUAUUGUUUUUGAAACCUAUCACAUAGGUACAGUCGGAAUCAUUGCAAUUGGCACACAUUCUUUAAAAUUCCUCGUAUUACGUCAAAAUUCUAACCAAUAAAUCAGAUUUGACACAUUACGAGGGAUAUUUACAUAGUGUGUGCCAAUUGCAAUGAUUUCCACUGUACUUAUCGGCAAGUGUUUCAACUUCAAGUUACCUGUCAGGUCAACUUGAUUUUUAUGAAACCUAUAUUUUUGUUUGGCUGUGAGGUUGUUUCUAGAGGUAAGGCAAAGUUUGUGUUCCAUUAUCUAUAAUAGUGAAAAAACAAAAUAAAUAAUGAAAAAUGUGAUACGCUAUUAUGUAAAAUUCGUAAAAUAAAGUUGUUUUUCUUA